CAGUCAGUUCAUAUCCAUGGACAGAGCCCACGCUGAAUCAGUGGUUGAAGAUGUAAUGUCCACAUUAGGGGGGCGGUCUAACAGUCUCGUCAUUCUGAAUAGUGCAGAAAACAUGCCCAUGUACAUUAUUGAUAGCUUGGGGCCAUUCUGUAGCUCUUUGCCUAUUCAAAGAUCCAUUGUCAUCACCGCACCCGAUACGACACCGUCGGUGACCUUGCCAGCUUGCGGAAAGAAAACCAUCCUGCGUGUACAGACUGAGGCCACCCUACAGCUGCUGCCUACGGUAACACAGUCAACAGAUGACCACCAUACAGCGCUAAACGCCAUCAGAGAGGUUUUCGUGUCCCAGUCGGACCGGGUGUGGAUGGCGGCCGACGCUGUCAUGACGGAGCACCGGACAGGCGGACCGCCCAGGAGGCCGGCAGUCCUCAUCAUCGGGGCCCCGCCCGGCGCUCAUCGGACGGCUGACGUGCUCGCUGAAGCACUGGCAAAGGUCUAUUCAGAGAAGCCGCUGAUGAUCGACAGUCACCAGUUCAGCCGUGUUGACGCCGACCGAGCGAAACUCCACAUCGACCGUACGCUGGACUCCACCUUCCUCGGGGACGUUCGGUCUGCAGUCUUCACCAGAGUCGACAGUCUGCCCGGACCCGCGGCCAUGAUCUUCCACUCCUACUGCGACCAUGACGACGCACAGUUCAAAAACGUCGCCUACUUCAUGACGGUGCACUGCAGUGACGAUGUUGACACGGACUCUCCGCCCAAGGCACAAGAAGAGGCCAUCCUGGACUACCUGAAGCGGUCCUGGGAGGACCUACACAAGGAGAAGCGAGGGCCACUUCUCAGCAGGAUUGCGUCUAUGGUGGUGGUAGUCAAGGCUGAGAAAAACAUGGAAGUACUACCAGCAGUUAAAAGGCAGUAG